AUGGGUUCCUUAUACUUCAAACCCUCGCUAGACUUGGAUUACGUUCUGGAAAUGCUUCAGGUAUCCUUGGAUGAGACUUUCUCCAAAUUUCCCGAUGACAUUCUCAUCUUGGAUGGUGAUGUCAAUGCAACUGUUGCUGAGUUCGAGGAUGAUCUUUCCCCUGAGGAGGUCCAAGGUACGACCCUGUUCGAGAAUCGUAAUUACUUGGUUAAAGAUACUGAUGCUAGAGGUGAGUUCUUAAUGGACUUUAUGCCUGAAAAUGGCUUCAUACUUCUCAAUGGCAGGGCUCCCUCUGACUCUCCAGCUAGAUUUACGAGUUCCAAGAGCCCCUCAGCAUACGACAUGAUCUGGGUCAAUCACGACAAGUCUCAGUGGGUGGAGGACAUGUGGGUGUCCUCUGAUCUCCUCGGUUCCAACCAUCUUCCUGUUUCGGUGAAGCUUCGCAUCUCCAAUGAAGCUGCCGGUGAUCUGGACCUUAGUCCCAAACCUCAGACGCCGACUUCUCCAUCUGAAUCAGCGACCGCCCGUGUGGCUUCCUUAGUCUGGCAGCCCUCCAGAGAAGAGGACUUCGUUACUGCCAUUGGAUCACCCUCGAGCCCUCUUGAGGCUUCCUCAAGGGAUUACAUCGAGGCUACCUCCACCACUCUCACUGAAGCUAUACGUAUUGCUGCUCUCGAGUGUGGAAUGUCCAAGGUUAUGGCAAAACCCCGACAUUCCCCCCCAGUGAUAGAUCGAAAAAACCCCUGGUUCGAUCGUGACUGUGCUCGCAAGAAAAAAAAAGUUCACAAUCUAUUCAGAAAUGUGUACAAACCCGUUUUCAACAAGCCUGCAGCAAAUGAUUUCGACUGUAACAUGAAGAAUUACAAAAAACUGAUAGAGUCCAAGAAGGCCGCCUACGAGAAGGAAUUAGCUGAUCGAUUCUUUGACUUGAGAAACCCGAUCGCCUUCUGGUCGGCAGUGGCUUCCGUUAAAGAUAGACCUGAGAGAAAUGAGGGUAUCAACCUGGUGAGAUGGAAUGAGUUUCUUCAGAAUAUGUAUCCUCCAAGAUCAGAGUAUCUAUUCAGUCUGCUCGACACUACUGACUCCGAUUUGGACUCUGAUAUCUCUAUGUUGGAGCUCUCGAGAAGUAUCAAGCACGCGAGACCUGGUAAAGCCCCUGGAGAAGAUAUGAUCACCAAUAGCUUCCUCAACGCUUUGCCAGCGGAUUGGAUGGUGUUUAUGCUGGAUCUUUUCAACGUUGUGUACAGACUGGGGGUUGUGCCCAACUCGUGGACCAGCAUGGUGCUCUGCAUGAUCCACAAGAAGGGGGAUGUGUCAGAUCCUCUCAAUUACCGGGGGAUAGCGCUGGUGAACAACAUCACCAAGGUUUUUACUUCCAUCCUGAAUGACAGGCUCUAUGCCUGGGCUGAGGCUCACCACGUUAUCCCGGAAGAACAAGCCGGCUUCAGGCAGAGAAGAGGGGCCAUGGACAACAUCACGACGCUCCAAAUGACGCUCCACAACAAGUUGAGACUCGCCGGUGGCAAAGUGUAUGGACUUUUCGUCGACUUCCGGCGAGCUUUUAAGUCUCUCACUGCCUUCUCUGGCAGAGGUUGCUGA